GCAUCGAGCCGCUGAACGGAGUCGCUUCCUGCUCAGCCUCAGAGGCGAGUCCUUCGGGUUCAGGGCUGCAGCAGACAGCAGCUGGAUGUCUCCUGAUGUUUCCUCAGGUUAAGAAAUUUCUGAGAUUAAUAUGAAAAUCCUGAGGUUCCUCCUGCUGGUUCUGUUCUGCUGAAAUGGACCGCUGCUCUCUGGAGCGGCUCUUUCUCAUCUGGACGCUGGUGAUCCGCCUCGGUGGAUUCUGCUUCGAAAUCACAGUGAGACACUUUGAGCUGAAACCAUGUGAGGGAAACAACCGGAUCUGCGUCACCAACCAGAGAGACUGCAAACCUCCGCCGCCUUCACCUUCACAGAAGAUGCUGAACAUGUCCUGUUACUACCAGCAGACUGCAGACGGAGUCAGAUCUGUGAGCUGCAGCUGGAGCCAGCAGGCUGAGAGUCGAGUCUCGCUCGUCUUCACCAGCGGGUCAGAAGUCUAUUCCUGUCUGGGGAUCUUCAACCCUGCGGCCGUCCUGGGUUCUCUCCGUGUGAUGGCCCGGAUACGGAGCUACCUGACCGGGACAGACGAAUGGUCUCAGCCUCAGUUCCUGUUGGAUGCAGCCAAAACUUCAGAGUCUGUGAUCGGGAGCGACAGGAGCGGAGACACGACCGUACGAACCCUGGACAGAGUUCCCUCCAGACCUGCAGAGUUGUGUUACAGAGUGGAGAAGACAGGCGAUGAAAAGUCUCUCCUCCUUCAUCUCAUCUGGAUGGGUUCUGAUCCAGGUCGGGUCCUCGGGUACCAGGUCCGCAUCGACCCAAACGAACACGUUCAAAACGUCACCGAGACGACUUUCCUCCUGGUGGUGAAGGGGGGGAACUACAGCGCCACAGUUCGGGCCUUCAACGCAGCUGGUUUCGGACCCGCAACCCGACUGCAGAUCGACACACAGGAUCAGAACCCUCGACUCUCUGUGAGGAACUUGUGGAUUUCCAGCGGUUAUCCUGAAAACGAAGAGCUGCAGGUCAGGUGGACGACCGCCACCGCUCUGCCUGGCGGCCAUGUUGUCGUUCAGUGGCGCUCAGAAGAGAACCCGUCCAGCAGCCGAUGGGUCAGAGUCAACGGUUCCAGUUCCUCUGCUGUCAUCACAGGUGUUGACCCUGAUGAGUCGUACCUGGUCAGUGUGUUCCCCGUCUAUAACCAGCAGUGUGGACCUCCUCGGUCUCUGGCCGGCAGUCUGCAAUAUGGAGCCCUGAUGGAGGUCGUCAGUCUGAAGGUCGUCAGCGUCACUAAAACCACGGUGACCGUCGUGUGGGCGUGGCAAAGGAAGCCCGGACCAAUCAGAGUUGACCAAUACCGUGUGAUGCUGAGGAGAGACGCCGACACACAACGUCUGUUUUCACCUGAAGCAUCUCUGUCUUUGUGGCCGGACCAGCAGCAGCACACCUUCUCCAACCUGACUCCCAGCACUGAGUAUUCUCUGCUCCUAUUGGCUGACGAUGUUUCCAGAAUCAUCAUCCCUGUGGCCACUCAUUAUGAUGAAGUUCCAGCGGUUGCCAUGGUGAUUCCUCUGCUGCUCCUGGUCGUCAUGGUGACGAUCAUCUCCGUCCUCUCCAGAACUCUAUACAAGUCGUACUUCUUCCCGAUGAUCUCCAGCCCUAGAGAAAGCACGGCAGGCCAGUGGCUGCUGAACCCGAACCUGAAGAAAUGUGCGGAGAGGAACUUCCUGGACGUGGCCGACUUCCAGGUGACGGACGUUUUAGGACAGAAGCAUCUGAUCCUGGUCCGCCCCAAAGAUCUGCAUAAGGAGACGUCUCUGCCACCAAUCAGCAGCCUCUCAGUCAAACUGGACACUGUGCACAUUACUGGUACCAAACCAAUCACAGGACACGAGUGGGACGUUCGGCCAAUCACAGAGCAGCAGCUGCUCUCUCUUCAGUCAGUUUUUACGUCGGAGAUCGGAGGAACCGAAGUUCCUCUGCUGCAGGAACAGGAAGAGAGCGGCUGCUCUCCUCAGAGCGAGGAAGAUGUUUAUCCACCCUAUCAUCAUCAUCAUCAUCAGGCUUUCACGUUUCGGUUUCCAGAACUCCUGACGGACUUCCUGGAGCAACCGGAACCGGUGACUGGACCGCUCAAACCGGUCCCUGAGGUCGAGUAUUUAACAAACGGCUGCUUCAGAGCAGAACCAGCAGCUGGAUCAGAACCUUCAGUAUCAGUCCUGCAUUAACUCAGAGGAGGAACACUGACCCCUAGUGGCUGAAAAGUCCAUGACAACACAAACAGGAAACUGCUUUAAUGAGUUACUGAACCUUCUUUAUGAAUAUAAAAAUAAAAACAUCUGAAAUGACAACUUAUAAAAGAAAAGUAUUCAUUUGAGAUCUUUUAUUUGUUUAGAGAUCCAACAUGUGCAGCACUGGUUUAUAUUUGAUGUGGGAAAAAUUAAUCAGUAAAAACGUUUGACAUUAAUAAAAACAGUUUUAUGAACCAAAA